GACCCGGCGCGCGGCUGCUAGGGCUACAGAGGUAGGGAGUGGUAGGCGUUGUGAUGGGCGAAGCGGCGGUGGCGGCGGAGCCUUGCCCGCUGCGCGAGGAUAGCUUCACGCGCUUCUCGUCGCAGAGCAAUGUGUACGGGCUGGCAGGCGGCGCUGGCGGACGCGGGGAGCUGCUGGCCGCUACCCUUAAAGGCAAGGUACUCGGCUUCCGCUACCAAGACCUCCGACAGAAAAUCCGGCCUGUGGCCAAAGAACUGCAGUUCAACUACAUCCCCGUGGACGCUGAGAUUGUCUCCAUUGACACUUUCAACAAGUCACCCCCAAAGCGGGGCCUGGUUGUGGGGAUCACAUUCAUCAAGGAUUCCGGUGACAAGGGCAGCCCCUUCCUUAACAUUUACUGCGACUAUGAGCCGGGCUCCGAGUACAAUCUUGACUCCAUUGCCCAGAGCUGCCUGAACCUGGAGCUGCAGUUCACGCCUUUCCAGCUGUGCCACGCAGAGGUCCAGGUGGGAAAUCAGCUGGAGACUGUGUUUCUCCUGAGUGGAAAUGACCCGGCCAUUCAUCUCUACAAGGAGAAUGAGGAGCUGCACCAGUUUGAGGAACAGCCUGUGGAAAACUUCUUUCCAGAGCUCACAAACCUGAGCAGUAGUGUCCUCUGGCUGGACGUCCACAACCUCCCUGGCACAUCCCGGCGUCUCUCAGCUCUUGGGUGUCAGAGUGGUUACGUGCGUGUGGCUCACGUGGACCAGGAGAGUCGAGAGGUCUUGGAGACAUGGACGACCCUGCAGGACGGACCCAUCUCGCGCGUGAUCGUGUUCAGCCUGGCAGCCCCCGAGGAGGCCAAGGCCAGGUCACAGCAUGAGGAGUACAACCUGCUCGUGGCCAGCAUGUUGGAGCCCGCAGUGGUAUACCGGGACCUGCUGAGCCGGGGCCUCGAGGACCAGCUUCUCCUGCCGGGGAGUGACCGGUUUGACAGCGUCCUCUGUGGCCUGGUGACGGACAUGGACUUGGAUGGUCAGCCGGAAGUCCUGGUGGCCACCUACGGGCAGGAACUACUGUGCUAUAAGUACCGCGGCCCAGAGCCCGGGCUCCCGGGGGCCCAGGGCGGGUUCCACCUGCUGUGGCAGCGAAGUUUCUCCAGCCCCCUGCUGGCCAUGGCCCACGUGGACCUGACCGGGGACGGGCUGCGGGAGCUGGCCGUGGUCUCCCUGAAGGGGGUGCACAUCCUGCAGCACAGUCUGACCCAGGCCUCUGAACUGGUCCUGACCCGGCUUCGGCGGCAGGUGGAGCAGAGGAGACAGCAGCUGCAGGAGUUUGGGGACAGGGUGGGCCCAAGGCCUGCUGAGACCACGGCCUCCUGACCUGCUCCCUCCCUCCCUUCCCCCACCAUU